AAUCCGGGAUUAGCUUUUAUUAGGAAGACAGAUCAUCAAGCUGAAGUGCCAAGCCCUUUCUGCCUGAGUACUGAGAGCCUGUCCUCCAUGUUUUAUAAGUAUUGACAUAACACUGUGUUAACAAUGCAUCCACAGAGCUUGGCUGAAGAGGAAAUAAAGGCAGAGCAGGAGGUGGUGGAGGGGAUGGAUAUCUCCACUCGAUCCAAAGAUCCUGGCUCUGCCGAACGCACAGCACAAAAAAGGAAAUUUCCCAGCCCUCCACAUUCCUCUAAUGGCCACUCACCACAAGAUGCAUCAACAAGUCCUAUAAAAAAGAAAAAGAAACCUGGUCUAUUGAACAGUAAUAAUAAAGAGCAGUCAGAACUAAGACAUGGUCCGUUUUACUAUAUGAAGCAGCCACUCACCACAGACCCUGUUGAUGUUGUACCACAGGAUGGACGGAAUGAUUUCUAUUGCUGGGUUUGUCAUCGGGAAGGCCAAGUCCUCUGCUGUGAACUCUGUCCUCGGGUUUAUCAUGCUAAGUGUCUGAAACUGACAGCGGAACCAGAGGGGGAUUGGUUUUGCCCAGAAUGUGAGAAAAUCACAGUCGCAGAAUGCAUAGAAACACAGAGUAAAGCUAUGACAAUGCUCACCAUUGAACAGCUAUCAUAUUUACUGAAGUUUGCACUACAGAAAAUGAAACAGCCAGGGACAGAGCCAUUUCAAAAGCCAGUUUCACUGGAUCAACACCCAGAUUAUGCAGAAUACAUCUUUCAUCCAAUGGACCUUUGUACAUUAGAGAAGAAUGUUAAAAAGAAAAUGUACGGUUGCACUGAAGCAUUUUUGGCUGAUGCCAAAUGGAUUUUGCACAACUGCAUUAUUUACAAUGGGGGAAAUCACAAAUUGACACAAACAGCAAAAGUCAUCAUCAAAAUCUGUGAGCAUGAGAUGAAUGAAAUUGAAGUAUGUCCGGAAUGUUAUUUAGCUGCUUGCCAAAAACGAGAUAAUUGGUUUUGUGAGCCUUGUAGCAAUCCCCACCCUUUGGUCUGGGCUAAACUCAAGGGCUUUCCAUUCUGGCCUGCUAAAGCACUGAGGGAUAAAGAUGGGCAAGUUGAUGCCCGUUUCUUUGGCCAACAUGACAGGGCCUGGGUUCCAAUAAAUAAUUGCUACCUCAUGUCUAAAGAAAUUCCUUUUUCUGUGAAAAAGACUAAAAGCAUCUUCAAUAGUGCAAUGCAAGAAAUGGAGGUUUAUGUUGAUAACAUUCGUAGAAAAUUUGGAGUAUUUAAUUACGCACCUUUCCGGACACCAUAUACUCCCAACAAUCAAUACCAAAUGUUAUUAGACCCUGCAAACCCAACUGCUGGAACUGCAAAGACAGACAAACAAGAGAAAAUCAAACUGAACUUUGAUAUGACAGCAUCGCCCAAGAUUCUAAUGAGCAAGUCUAUGCUGAGCAGUAGCACUGGUCGUAGGAUUUCAUUGACAGAUAUGCCACGGUCACCAAUGAGUACAAACUCAUCAGUUCACACUGGAUCUGAUGUUGAACAGGACGCGGAGAAAAAAGCAACUUCCAGUCAUUUUAGUGCCAGUGAGGAAUCCAUGGACUUUAUUGAGAAAAAUACAGCUUCUCCAGCAGCAACAAGAACAGGUCAAGCAGGGAGUUUGUCAGGCAGCCCCAAACCUUUCUCUCCUCAAGCAUCAACGCCAAUUUCUGCUAAGCAAGAAAGAACUUCCACUCCAGGAAGCAUUCUGAAUCUUAAUCUUGAUCGUAGCAAAGCUGAGAUGGAUCUGAAAGAGUUGAGUGAGUCAGUCCAACAGCAGACCACUCCUGUGCAACUCAUUUCACCAAAACGACAGAUACGUAGUAGGUUCCAGCUUAAUCUUGACAAGACAAUAGAGAGUUGUAAAGCACAACUUGGAAUAAAUGAAAUAUCUGAAGCUGUUUAUACUGCAGUAGAACACAGUGACUCUGAAGAUUCUGAAAAAUCCGACACCAGUGACAGUGAAUAUAGUGAUGAGGAUCAGAAAUCAAAGAAUGAUCAAGAAGAUGGAGAGGACAAGGAAGGUACGAGAAGUGACAAAGAAUCAUUGAGCUUGAAAAAAAAACCUAAGCCCCCAGCACAGAAUGAAGACAAGGAGGAACUUAAAAGCACAAGUCCGGAGGUGGAGAAAACAGAUGACCUGGUCAAAGAAAAGGCAAUUACAGACAAUGAAAAAGAAUUUUCUGAAAAGGGAAAAAGUUUACAGCAUCCUGCAAAAGAAAAACUGAAAGGUAAAGAUGAAACGGACUCUCCAACUGUGCACCUAGGACUGGACUCCGAUUCUGAGAGUGAACUUGUCAUCGAUCUAGGAGAUGAUCAUUGUGGCCGUGAAGGAAGGAAAACUAAGAAAGAAUCUAAAGAAACUCCCCCUAAACAUGAUGUUGUAGGUAAAACUCCACCUUCCUCCAGUGCAAGCACCCAGCCUCUACCAGAAACUCCAGUACUUACCCGCUCUGCAUCCCAGACUCCACCAGCUGGUGUAACAGCAACUACUAGUGCUUCUUCUACUGUUAGUGCUCCAUCUGCAGCCACUGGAAGCCCUGUGAAAAAGCAGAGGCCUUUGCUGCCUAAGGAAACUGCCCCUGCUGUGCAGCGUGUAGUGUGGAAUUCUUCAAAUAAAUUUCAGACAUCUUCUCAGAAAUGGCACAUGCAGAAGGUGCAGAGACAGCAGCAACAGCAGCAGAGCCAGCAGUCUCAGUCACAGCAACCUCAGUCCUCUCAAGGGACAAGAUAUCAGACAAGACAAGCAGUUAAAGCUGUGCAGCAAAAAGAGAUCACCCAGAGCACUUCCACAUCCACCAUAACCUUGGUUACAAGUACUCAACCUAUUUCUAUGGUUACCAGUUCUGGAUCUGCAAGUACACUUUCUUCCUCAGUUAAUACAGACUUGCCAAUUGCAACAGCUUCAGCUGAUGUGGCUGCAGAUAUUGCUAAGUAUACUAGCAAAAUGAUGGAUGCCAUCAAAGGAACAAUGACGGAAAUAUACAAUGAUCUUUCAAAAAAUACUACUGGCAGUACAAUAGCUGAGAUACGGCGUUUGAGGAUUGAGAUAGAAAAACUUCAAUGGCUACAUCAACAGGAACUGUCAGAAAUGAAGCAUAAUCUAGAACUGACAAUGGCUGAAAUGCGUCAGAGUCUAGAACAAGAACGAGAUCGCUUGAUUGCUGAGGUGAAGAAGCAGCUGGAAUUGGAAAAGCAGCAAGCAGUGGAUGAAACUAAAAAGAAGCAGUGGUGUGCUAACUGCAAGAAAGAGGCCAUUUUUUACUGCUGUUGGAAUACUAGCUACUGUGACUAUCCCUGCCAACAAGCUCACUGGCCUGAGCACAUGAAAUCUUGCACACAGUCAGCUACUGCAACACAGCAAGAAACAGAUACUGAAAUUAGCACAGAAACAUUAAAUAAAUCAUCUCAGCCCAGUUCAAGUGUGCAGCCUACGCCUGCAGAAACAGCCAGCACCCCUAAGGAAAAGGAAGGUUCAGCUGAUAAAAGCAAAGAGAGUGUUACAGACCCAUCAGUGUAGCUUCUGGUCUGGAUCUUUCGAUACAAGUUGCCUUCUGAUAAGCAAUACUGACUGCAGCACUUCCAAGCCCUUCUUGCCUGGGGGUUCAGAGGCCAAGCUCAAGACCUGCAUUCAAAUCAACUUACUUUAUCACAACAGACUGCCACUAGGGUACCACAAUGUUCCAUAACACUGAUACAACAAUUCACCUGGAUCUACAGUUAACGGAGCAGUGUGCAGUUACGAAAUCCUCCAUAGCAUCUACUCUGAUAGUAUUCAGUAGGCAAGGAUGAGCAAAUGCUCUAAUAAAAGGGACUUAACAUUGCAUAUAUAGAAAAUGUUUAUAGAGAAGAUUCUGCUUUAUAGGUAGGGCUUGACUAUUAGCAAUUUCAGCAUUGUUUUUCUUCUGCCCUUGCAAGAUUUAUUAAAUGAAAAAUUUUAGGGGGGGGGGGGCUGAUCCUUCAAACCCUUACACAUGAUCCCCCACAUCAGUAGGAGCCUUGUUGUAUUUUAAAAUAUUAAAAGCAAACUAAUUUUGUAGUAUUGUGAUUCCAGCAUGAUGUCUCAUUGAGAUAGUCCUAUAGAAUUGGGAAGCAUAGUAAACUAGAGAGCUGUGUUCAUUUCUUGACACUUUUGCUACUGUCUGGUGUUAGAUCUCUGGGCUUGACAUGUCAUCUAAGGGAGUAACGUGGGAAACAGAUUUGAAGAGGGGAAAAACGGUGUGCUGUUCCACCUGAGUGCUUUGUCGACGUUAGUUAAACUCUGGCUCAGUCAAUGUUCAUGUGCAUUGUCUGUGGCAGCACAGCCUUUGUAUUACUGUGGAAAUAGGGAAUGGGAGAAAAUCAAUUACGUAAAACUUUUGCCAGGGAGUAUUCCACUUAUACAGAUCUGGAAUUGCUUUCACGUAGAUGUUCUACCUGAAACAUCAUGCUGUAUACAUUGAUCAUGUUCAUAAUUUGAAUUUUGUUUUAUUAACAAAGCAGUAACCUGUGAAUUCAUUAAGAUGCAAAAUUUUAACACAAACAAAACAUCCAACAUAAAUUUCAUAUUACAAUAAUAAUAAUAACAACUAGGUGGAAUUUAUGUAAAAGCUGAGACUUCUACUGAGGUUGCCUGUGCUGUCUCUGCAGAUAGCAACAGGUGUGACAAGCAACCAGCCUAUAAAACUGGUCCAGGUACCGCAGACCACCACCUAUAUUCCAACUACUCAACCCACAAUUGUAAGUACAAUAUCAUCAUUUAAAGUCUGCAGUAGUACUUUCCUGGCAUUAAAAUUGCUCAGUAUUUCUGGGGGGUUGUCUCCAUCUGCUGUUCUAUCAAGAUAUGAAUUCACUGGUAUAGUCUCAACUUGCAGUGCAAAAUGUCUUAUUUUGCUGUGCAACAUUCCACCCUCUCAUUUCAUCAUUCAUUAUUACAGGGAUUCAGAAAUUGCCACUAAGUAUAGCAAAGACACUGAGGACAGUCAGACUUCCAUUUUACAUUAUUACGUUAGUUCUUUGUCCGUUUCAUGUAUAUACUUGACCACACCAUCAAUGUAAAUACAUAGAAUUCAUUUAAAAUAUCCUUUAAAUACCUUUUUUGUCUAUGGUAUACUAAAGAGAUUUAAUUAAUUCUGAGCUAUGCUUGAUAUUCCUGUGACAUCUCAGUAACUAUGAAAGAAAAUAGGCAUUCAUCAGUAGUGUAUUUCCCAUGCAGUCUUGCACAUUAGCGUUAGGAAAUUAUGAGAAACAGUAUUGGAAUCAGACCUGGUUUUUUCCAUUAAAGACUUAACCAAGGACACUUGAAUUCCCUAGAGUCAAUCACAGGAGAUGGGACAGAACUGAGUUCCAUUUUUGUAUUUUAUGCACCGUAAUAUCCCAUUCUUGCAACUGGUCAUGUUCUGCAGUGCUCACUCAGAGUCAGCGUGGCAUCUGAGCUGACAUUCUUCUUACCAAAAGGACAGAUGCUGCUACUGCACUGGUAACUCAGCACGCUCCGUCUCAGUGAUGGCUUCAACAGAGAAGCCCAUGUGUGGAUAACCUUUGUCCGUUUUCUGUCUGACGUUAGAUAAGUUAUAAUAGUAACUACUAAUUCAACAGUGUACCUUAGUCAUACUGUGAUUGUGAGGCCCCACACCACGACCCCACAGCUGCAGCGUACAUGUCUCUGUGUGCGUCUGGCUAUGAAUACACCCACCCGCACACGUACAUACAGUAUUUCAUAGCCAUUCUAUUCCACACAAAUGUUAUUGCUCUUAGUGGGGAUCAUGACUUUUCACAUUCCUAGGAGCGUUUUAACUCAACUCAUUUUGUCUCAACUGAGAGCACUGUGUACCUUUGCAGCACUGGCCCUGAGUUGCUUGGACUGAAUUACCAUAACAACAAGGUUUUAUAUGUGUUUUAAAAUCAAAUAGCAAACAAGAAAGACGUUAGGCUCAUUUGUGAAUAGCUGAGAGGUUGUAAGAUCAUGAGGAGGUUUUGUGUAAUAUUCAGAAAAAUGGCAGUUACCUUCAUCGGUUUUCUGUAAUACAAAGUGUAUUGAGCUCUGUAAAGCUUAAUUGGAACGUCUGAAAGGUUUCAGCCUUUAUUUGUGCAUGUUUAAAACUUUGUACACAUUUGCAUUAGUCUUGCACAGCUACAGACACCUCUGUAUUCUAAUGACUGCACGUGCAAUUUAAAGAAUUUUAAACCUUAGUGCAUGUUUAAUAUGUAUGCAAAAUGUACAUAUGUGUAAAACUGGCAGAGGUGGAAAAUUUACCUCUCAGGGAAUGAUCUUAACACAUUUAAGUCUCACACAUUCCAUAUCCUGAUCACGAUAAGAACUGAAAAUUAAUUUUUUCAUUUGUGUAAGUGUGUAUAUUUAAAAGGCGACUGUGGCAACCUUAAUUUCCCCACCCGUAGGACUAAGAGUGACUUACAGAAUGGCUUAUUUAAGGUUCAGUUUGCACUUUGUUUCCAACUAGGAAUUUCUUCCUCUGAACAACUUCCAGUGUAUCUUCUGGGUACCGUUUCCAUUGAACCCUCUGUACACAUCUGAAAUCAUUACAGAAUGGCAGUAAUCUUGAAUUUAUUUAGCAGGUUAAUUCCAUGUUUGGUUGUUAUUCUUUCUGCAGUUAAAAUAAUGUAAAAAUACAAAUUCAGCGUCUUUGCAUUCCAGGGAAUGGAAUGAGUAGGCUUCUGGAAGGCAGAGACUUUGUCACAAAGGAGCUGAUGAACACUCUAGGCUGCGAUCCAUCUCAGUAGGGAGACUCGCAAUCUCUGUCGAAUACCAUUAAGGCACUAACGUGGUUACUUAGAAGAGUGUGGGGAAACACUGGGCUUCAGCGAACUUGUAUUUCUUCUUCCAUGUUCUCUGUGGAAUGUCCCACUACCAUCGGGGGAAGAUCUGUGCAUCCCUUUCAGAUUCCUCAAAAUCUCACUUCCUGUUACUUCCACAAAACAUUGUGAACUGAAAUGGAUGCAUUGGUUUGAUCGCCAGUUGGGCAUCACUGGAAUUGUAUCAAAACACACUUGCAGUUUGUAUGGUAUAGACAUUUCUAGACUUUCUCACGUUUUUGGAGGAAGGUUAAGAUACAGACUUCAGAUUCAAUAAAUCCUUUUCCAGAUCUUCCAGA